AUGGAUUAUUACGCUUCCCCCUCGUCCUUCUCGGUUUCGACCUCCAACAACCCCUCCGCCCUGGGAAGUGGAAGUGGCACUACCAAACUAAGCACCAUCGCUAUCAUCCUCGCCGGAAUAGCUUCGCUGGUAGCUACGGUUUUGUCAUGUUUUAAAAACUACCGCAAGCCACUCCUUCAGCGUUAUGUCGUCCGUAUCCUGCUCAUGGUCCCCAUUUACGCGAUUUCGUCAUGGGUCUCGCUCAUGUCCCUGACUGCGGCGCAAUUCGUCGAGCCGAUUCGCGAUAUGUAUGAAGCGUUCACCAUCUACACCUUCUUCCAACUUCUCAUCAACUUCCUCGGUGGCGAGCGUUCCCUGAUCAUCAUGAUGCAUGGGCGUGCGCCGAAGGAACAUGUCUGGCCAAUGAACUACAUCUUUCCCAAGGUGGACAUCAGCGACCCGCACACGUUCCUUGCUGUAAAACGCGGCAUUCUACAGUAUGCAUGGUUAAAACCGCCGUUGGCCCUGGCUGCGAUUAUUAUGAAGGCCACCGAUACUUACCAGGAAGGUUACGUUGGUCUAAAGAGUGGAUACUUUUGGAGUGGAAUCGUCUACAAUAUUUCUGUUUCAGUCAGUCUGUACUCACUUGGAAUAUUUUGGGUGUGCAUGUCCCGGGAUCUUACACCAUUCCGACCUGUACCAAAGUUUCUUUGCAUCAAGCUCAUCAUCUUUGCCUCAUACUGGCAAGGCUUCUUCCUAUCGAUUCUCGUUUGGCUCGGCGUAAUUCAUGAUGUCGGUUACUAUACACCAGACAACAUUGCCCGAGCAAUCCAAGACACCUUGAUCUGUUUCGAGCUUCCAGGGUUCGCAAUAGCACAUUGGUAUGCCUUCUCGUGGAAGGACUACGCAGACAAGACCAUCUCUGCUGCGCGCCUCCCAGUCUACUACGCAUUCCGGGACGCAUUCGGUAUCCGUGAUUUAGUUGAAGAUUCAAAGCAGACUUUCAAAGGAAAGUCGUAUCAGUAUCGGCUUUUCGACUCGAGCGAAGGCGUGAUGUCGCAUCCCGAGUCCAACACUGGGGUUGCCAGAAUGAUGGAAGGCUUGAGAUACGAACGGGGUGGUAAGGGCAAAUACUGGAUACCGCAACCCACGGCACGCACUGGUCUGCUUAGUGGUCCCGGCCCAAGCACGGAGAGGACGGUUUCGGCAGCGAGUGCGGAGAGCGGAGAGAAUCGUAAAUGGAAAGGCGGUGAUUACGGUGCUUUGGAUGGGACCGAAAUAGAAGACGAAGACGAGAAGCUAUACAAGAGUGCUCGGUCUCUGGAAUUUGGAGAUUACAACUAUCCUGUUAUCACGGCAAACCGACCCUACUCCAACCACCGCUGUGGAUAUCCCCACCUCAGUCAAGACGACCUCAUUACCACGGCUACCAACCAGGCUCUGCUCCGACCCACCCUAGAAACCGGAAGAAAGGGCAAAUCCAAGACGAGGACCAGGACACCCUCGGUGGGUUCCCCAAGGAAAAAGUCCAAGGGAGAAUCCAGCCAGCCAUUUCUUCACCGCAAUCACUCGUCGUCGGCUUCUUCGGCACUCUCUCAACGGAGCGGGCUUGUGGAUCUCGUCGUGGAAGAUACAGUCGCCGAGGAAACGGAGCGUGUUAGAGCCAGGAAGGAGGGCGGACCUGGAUGGAACGAAUUGGAGCCCAAGCGUUUCGUGCGACAGUACCCUCCGGAGGUAGCUGGCGAAGAGAUCCGGGAAGGAUUCGAACCGUCAUCUCCGCCUGUCGACUCUCCAUCUACGACAGACACAGCCAGAGGCGAUCCUAUCGACAAUACCAAGUUUAGCAUUGGAGACGAAGAUGGUGAUGUUUCUGGCGCUGACGCGGAUGCAAAGAGUCCUUCUCCUGUUUCUUCCCCUCCUCAACUCGAUGGCUACAGCGAUGAUUCGCCAUGGAAUAAGGACGAUCACGAUGAUGCAGGAGGCUCGGGUCCGGCACAUGGGACUGGUGUAUACGGAAGUCUGAACGAGCGCGAUGUGUGGGGUGGAGGCCAUUAG